AUGUCAUCCUUUACGAAGGAUGUAUACCCUGACCUAGAGACGUUUCCGCCUACAGGCUCGCCCAAGUUUGAAAAACUACAAGGAUACGAAUUGUAUAAGCACAUCGGGUCGCCACGGCACAUCGUAGCGCCUAUGGUCGACCAAUCUGAGCUAGCAUGGCGUAUUCUAAGUCGGAGGUAUGGGUCUGACCUUGUCUACUCUCCCAUGAUCAAUGCAAAGAUUUACAACCAACACAACCGCGGUGCGCAUCGCGUUCGUGAGGCAUACUUUAACCAGGAGUUGGGUGAAGAAGGUGCACACACUAUCAAUCUAGGAGAUAAAAAAGACACAGACCGGCCUUUGAUUGUGCAGUUUUGUGCCAAUGAUCCAGAAAUGCUAUUGCAAAGUGCACUUACUGUCCAAGAUAAAUGCGAUGCCGUGGACCUGAAUUUGGGGUGCCCCCAACAGAUUGCCAAACGUGGUUUUUUUGGUGCUUUUUUGAUGGAUGACUGGGAUCUUGUAUUUCGACUGAUCAAUAUUUUGCAUUUGAAUCUCAAAGUACCCGUAACGGCAAAAUUCCGCGUUUACGAUUCACUUGAUAAGACACUUGCAUAUGCGCGGAUGAUUCAACGUGCUGGCGCACAAAUGGUUACAGUGCAUGGGCGUACGCGUGAAAUGAAGGGUCAUAAAACAGGAUUGGCGGACUGGGAAAAGAUUCGCGCUGUGAAGCAGGCGCUGGACAUCCCUGUCUUCGCGAAUGGCAAUAUGCUCUACCCCCAGGACUGGCGUGACUGCCUUGCUUAUACAGGCUGCGAUGGUGUCAUGAGUGCGGAAGGGAACUUGUACAACCCAGCGCUCUUUGAUGCGACCAUUGACCGUGAUUUGUCUGUGCUAAGCGAUCCGGAUGCGGAUCACAGUGCGUAUAAGCCUUUGGAAAUUGUAAAAAUGGCGCACGAGUACCUCGACAUUGUGGCAGCACUGCGCACACCUACAUCGCACAGCGCGUUGAAAGGUCAUAUGUUCAAGAUAACGAGACCGGCGCUCAGUAUCCAUACCGAUCUGCGCCCUGUUCUGGGAAAGGCCCGCUGUUACGAUGACGUGGACGGUGAAGAAAAAAUUCGGGAGUACCGUGCAUUUGUUCGUGAACUAGAGAUGCGCCUAGACGAAGACAAAAAGCAGGACAAAUACUACAAACCUCAGCCAGAUGCCCCCUGGUACUAUAUGGUGCCGAAGCACUUGCAAGACCCAGAAGACCGGCUCACACGUCCUCCCUUUAUUCCUCACUGGUACCUUCAGCCCUAUUUCCGGCCGCCUCUGAAUCCACCCAAACCUAAAGAGGAAGACCCCGCAUCCAAAUCAGAUACGCAGUCCACGGCCGCAGAAAGCGACCACAACGAGGAUCUGCCGCCAGCAAAGCGUGCCAAGGUAGACACGGCCGCGACCCCCACCACCUUGUAG